AUGAAAUUCAUCUCUCUCGCUCUGGUUGGAACAAUCCUGCCUCUUGUCCACGCCAUCGGAAACGCAAUAGUCACCAACUACUGCCAAAGCACCAUAUACGUUUGGUCAGUGGGAUCCUCCACCACGGACUAUCAAUCCGUGGCCAGCAACCAAUCCUAUACCGAGCAAUAUCGAAACGAUCCCGUGAGCGGCGGCAUCACACUCAAAGUGACCGCAGUUGCGGACGGAAUAUACAAUGGUGCUCCAGAAUUGGAUUACGGAUAUAAUUUGGACAACGACACAGUCUGGUACGAUAUAUCCGAUGUUAAUGGCGACCCUUUUGCCGGUUCUUCGGUUGCUCUUGUGCCAUCAAUCGGUACUUGUCGAAGCUUCAUCUGGGCAGAUGGGAUAUCGCCGUCGGGAAUUAAUACGGCUCCUUGCAGCUCUGAUGGGGAUUUGCAGUUGACAUUUUGCUAA